AUGAAAUCGUGCUUGACCAUUCCUGAAGAUAUUCGGAGGGUUUAUCAUCUUGGAAUUGAUUAUAAUAACAAUCAAGAAAUAGAUGAUAGAGAUAUGUCAAGAAAUGACAAAGAACUUGUAAAGAGACUAUUCAGAGAAGGAAACUAUUUCUUAAUUCCUUCUUUUUUUAAUUUGAUCAGAUCAUUGAGUGCAUGUCAAAGGGAAUUUUCUAUAGUUUUUCGCACUUUUGGAAAUGAUAUGGAAGAGGUAAUCAAUGAAUUUAAUUUAUUUUGCAAUGGAAAGCAUCCAUUAUAUAAUGGAAAAAAUAAAACAGAAAAAUUUAUAUCGAAUGGAGAAUUAGGAACAAGAAAUUUGACUAUCAACAACAAUAAUAUAGGAUGCAUAAAAAGGAACUCAGAAACUGAUUGCAGAGUUUUAAUAGGUUCUCUUGGCCAAUCAAUCUCUGAGCCAUCAAUUUCAGGAAAUAAUAUCAGCUUCGAGAUCAUUGGCAAUUCAUCAAAUUCAUACAAUAUGCUAUUUAAUAAAAUUAAUGAGUCUUCAUCUUUUGCUUUUAUUGAUGAUUACUCAUAUUGAAAGCAAAACCAAAAAGACCCUAAAUGCGGAAAGCUCUUUUUAAUUGAUGAAACAAUAACCUCGGUCCAUCAAAUAUUUUUUGAUGAUAAAAUCGGAAAUGACUCUGAAAGCAUCCUGGAUGUUCGAAAUAUAGAAAAUAGAGAAUCGCUUCCGUUUGAAAAGGUAAUCAAUAAGUUCAUUUUUAGGUGCGAUCCAUAUAAAGCAAUAAUUGACCCAGAUUAUUUUUUCAAAGCUGUUGCAGAGUGUGAAUUGAAUAGAAUAGAUAAUUAA